AUAAAAAUCAUAAGAAAAGCAUCAGCAACAGUAACCAUAAUAAAAGCUGAAAAGAAAAAAACAAGAUCCACCUCGAACCUCUCCAACCCCACCACCGCCACCUCCACCACCACCGCCACCACCACCACUCUCCCCCCAAGACGUCUUCCGCCCACUUCUCUCCCUCGCUCUUCUUCCCUCUCUCUCUCUCUCUCUCCAAAUCAACCCUGUAGAGAGAGAGAGACACGCUUGUGAUCGAACAGCCCCAGCUUAAUUUGGUGGUUAUUCCUCUUCUUGGAUUUUUUAUUUUUGUAUUAUAUAUUCACCUGAAUUCCAUAAAUCUUGUACCCACCACCAAAAUCAAACCAAAAAAUCUCCAGGACCACCACCAAUACGAGAAAUAGUGAACUGGGUCUGUGCCAAUUAGAGAAAAAAAAAAAAAAUGAGGGAAGACGACUCCAAUUGGUUCCCAAGAUGGGAAGAAGAGCUCCCCACCCCUGAAGAGCUCAUACCCAUCUCCCAAACCCUCAUAACCCCUGAUCUUGCUCUGGCGUUCGAUAUACGAAACCCCAAUAGCUCCCAAACCCCCCCGCCGCCGCCGCCGCCUCCCCCUUCUGUUGCCCCAUCUGCGCCCACCUCCCAACCUACCUCCGCCGAAUUCGAUUCCGCCGAUUUGGGGUCAGGCGGCACCGCCGGCGACGAGCCCGCCCGCACCCUCAAGCGGCCGCGACUCGUCUGGACACCGCAGCUUCACAAGCGCUUUGUGGACGCCGUGGCGCAUUUGGGGAUCAAGAACGCCGUGCCCAAGACCAUAAUGCAGUUGAUGAGUGUGGACGGGUUGACCAGAGAGAACGUGGCCAGUCAUCUCCAGAAGUACAGGCUGUAUCUCAAGCGUAUGCAGGGACUGUCUGUAGGUGGUGGUGGCGGCGGCGGCGGCGGCGGAUUGGCCGCUGCCGCUGCCGAUCCUGCUACCGACCACUUGUUUGCGAGCUCGCCGGUGCCGCCCCAUUUCUUGCACACAGGGCGGACCAAUUCGGACAAUUUCUUGCCCUUUGUGCCGGUAGCUGCGCUCCACCAUCAGCAGCAGAUGGCGGCAGCGGCCGCGGUGGCCCACCACCCGCAGCUGCAGCCGCAGUAUCAGCACCAUCGGCAAGCAGCGCAUUUUGGGUCACCGCCGAGUGCGCAAUUUGAGCAUCCGUUCCUGACGAGGCAAUCGCAGCCGGUUCAUCGGAUGGGGACGCCGGUGCAUAAUUCUCUGCCGGCAGCUUAUGUAGAGGAUCUGGAGUCGGCUACGGCAACAGGAGGGAGGAAGGUUCUCACUCUAUUUCCAACUGGGGAUGACUGAUUUUGGGUAGAUUCUGUUAGUAGCGGUGAUGGUGGUGGCCGAGGCAACAAAAGGAAAACAAAGAUUAAAUUUUGAAGUUGUUGGUCAAUAAUGGCAGAGAGUGCUACUCGUAUCUAGAUCUGAAAUUGGGUUGGUAUUCAGGGUCGGCAUGUUCGGCAAUGGGUUUCUUGGAGAUAUUCUGUGGUGCUGAGGUUCUUGGAAAUAUCUAGAAAUCACUUCUUUGUUGUAGUUUGGUUUUUGUGCUUCCUAGUUUAGUGCUGUGCAGAGGUGACUUCUACUUGUUGUACAUUGUGUGUAUCCAUAGAAGACUUGAAACCCCCCAAUAUUAGGGGAAUCUUUUAAAACCACUUCCUGAUGUUAUUAGACUGUUGAAUUUAUUUUAAUGCUCCAUGAACAAUUAAAUGUAUCCAAAUUUCCUGAUA